AUGCCUACAAAUUACAAGCGCAAGAGUAACCGGCAGUCAUGGACCGCUCAGCAGUUGGAACGAGCCAUUAAGGCUGUAAAAAGUGGAUCGCCGGUGAAGACAGCAGCAAUAAGUUACGCAAUUCCAAGAUCCACACUGAUUCGCCAUCUCACAAGUCCAACUGUAUCAACUCGGCUAGGACCUCUUGAUUCCGUAUUCAAUUCUCAACAAGAAGAGGAGCUGGUACAACAUCUGUUGGAUUUGGAAAAGAGGUUCUAUGGAAUAACGAUGACUAAUGUUCGAAAGCUUGCUUUUGAUCUGGCCGAAAAAAAUGGAUUGCCACACCCGUUCAACAAGUCUACCAAGAUGGCUGGAAAAGCUUGUCUAAGCAAUUUUCUGAAACGAAAUCCCAAAUUGUCGUUCCAUAAACCUGAAGCUACCUCUGCCGCCCGAGCCAGAGGCUUCAAUAAGCCAGCAGUAACUGCGUUUUACGAUUUGCUGGAAGAAGCGCUGAAAGAUCCCAAAUUGAAACAAGAUCGAGUUUUGAGCGCCGAUGAGACUAGUGUUCCUCCGAAUAUGUCUAAGGAAGCGGCAUUGAAAGGCAAAAAACAGGUUGGUGGUAUUACAUCUGCGGAACGCGGAGAAACAGCUACGGCAGUAAUGUGCAUGCACGAAGCUUUGAAGAAAGGGGCAUCACGUGGAAGCAAAUUUGCCUGUAAUGCAUCGGUAACAUGA